CAACGUGUGGACAUGACCUUUUGGUCGAAGAUAUAUAUCUUAACCUAUUGAGCUAUGCUUACGAUAUCUCAAGUUGGCAUAUCAGCUUCACCUUAGAAAUAUGGGUAUCAAUUUUGUUGUUGUUGCUGCUGCUUGUAUAUUGAACACUGUUCUAAUAGUCCGAGUUGGGAAGAUUUCUUUUAUCUAGUUGAGUACAAGAGAGAAGGGAAAACAAAAUUUACUGUUUUUACUUUGGCCUUCCUCCCACCCUCCUGUUUUAUGUAACACGCUUAUAAUGAAUUCCCUCACCAGCUGGUGAUCCCAAAUCUGAUCUAUUUGCUUGUUGAAGACAGGCAAUGAUAGGAGAAGCCAAGAGGUGUUACUGAUAUGAACAUUUAUUGCUAUAGUAGAAAGAAUGAGCUCUUCCAUCUAACACCACCUUGUGAGGCCUCCAAUACACAAGAAGUUGGGUAGCAAACAUGGAGGGUCCCCCAACCAGCUAGCAAACCGAGUGAAAAUCAGUAACUUUACUACUACCACAAUUAAUAGUUUAGUACUUUGCUCAUUUGGGUUCACUGUUAGUAGAUGAAAAUAGUGAUAUGGAUUUUAAUGAGUCGCAAUAUGUCAUGUUCACGCAAGUUGAUUGUUGAGGGGAUUCGAUUCCCUUUCCCUUUUCUGUGUUAAGCUUCUUAUGGAUUUCCUGAACAGUCUGUCUACGAAUUGAGAUGUUUGGGUUAUAGAUAAGGUUUGGAUAUUUCGACCAUAAAAAGAUUAAUCAGAAUCGUUGGCUUAUUAAAACUAUGAGCCAAACGUUUCUUCGACGUUGUUUAUGUUCCUGUAAUGCAGCUGGCCCCGCGAAAGAGAUGCCCGACGACUGCUGAACUGAUGGUCUUAAACAACACACAGAUGCACGGAUGAGUACCAAUGACUUAGCUUAGCUAGUUGAGAGCCUGAUAGAUCCUCUCCCAUGUACGACAAUACAGUUCUUUUGUAGCUCCGAGUAUAGACAACAUGGAAGUAGCUUUGGAACUUGAAGAUGAUUUGUUCUUCGCUGAUUUAAGCAGACAGCUGUCUCUUCUUCUCAUGGAUGACAACGAAGACCCUCUCCCUCAUCAUCCUCAUGUUUCUCUUCAGGCUCUCGCUCAUGGAGGCCACCAGCCUGCACGGCCACUGGCGGUGCAUGACCAAGCUGCCGCUGCUAUUGUCGUUGCCUACAGUGGCGUAAGCAAAGGCACCGGCGUGUUCAUCCCUCGGUCUUUGCAGCCUGCAAGAAAACAGAGGCGUGGAAGAUACAACAACAUAAAGGCAAACCGACAGUUUCCAAUCGCUAUUGAUGUGAAUUCACAAGUAUCCAACAACAAUUCGUUGCGUCCCAAAAAGGGUCAAGGAUUCGAGGAAUUUGAGGAAAAGGGUAUCAGAAUUUAGAUUAAAAAAAUAAUUCUUUCACCAAGUAUUUAAGUAUGGUGAUGCCUGUACAUGGAAGAAGCUAUAGUAUUAGCUCUAUUAAUUACUGGGUUUUCAUUGGUUUAUGUGUUC